AUGGGAAACGAAGCUCAUGACCAACAAUAUUCAAAAAAGUUGCAAGCUUAUGCUCACAGCCAAAAGCACAACCUGAAGCCUAUUAUACUAGUCAUACUCACCAACCUCGUUACCAUUUACAUCUUCACUGGCCCAUUUAGUUUUUUGUACCACUCCUCUACGAGUCCUCGUGACUCAAACUCCAUUUUACAGGAACUAAACUCUACCAAAGCUCAACUUACUGCCACUCACUCACUCUUGUCUGAACUGCACCACAGACUCAACUCCUCUAACUUGCUUGUCCAGGCACUGCUUAUUGAUCUCACGCGUCAACAAGAAAAGAUAUCCAACAGUGCAGAUCAGAAUCAGGUGAGUUUGAAGGUAGGAAGUGAUGAGGUCACUUUUGCACUUGGCCCUCACAAGCUCCCUUUUGGGUACUCACCAAUGAUAGGAUCAGAUGAGAUUCAUACAGCUGUUGGUGCGUCCUGCAUGAAGCUCCAUGAGGAGUUAAACCAAUAUAUGGCAUAUGAGAUUGGAGGGGAGUGCCCUGUGGAUGAUGCGCUUGCACAAAGGCUCAUGCUCAAAGGAUGUGAGCCGCUCCCUCGUAGAAGAUGCCAGCCCAAGUCUCCUGCAAAUUAUGUGGAGCCAACACCUUUGCCUGAGAGCCUUUGGUCAACCCCACCAGACACCAGCAUUGUUUGGGAGGCUUAUGCUUGUAAAAGUUACCAGUGCCUUGUUGACAGAAAGAAUAAGUCUCGCUCCUACCACUGCAAGAAUUGCUUUGAUUUACAAGGUGAAGAGAGGAGUAAGUGGAUAUUUGAUGAUGGUGGACUUGCUUUUGGAAUAGACCAAGUUCUUGCAACCAAAGCUGCAGGAACAAUUCGAAUUGGACUUGACAUUGGUGGUGGAACUGGAACUUUUGCUGCAAGGAUGAGGGAACGGAAUGUGCUAAUCAUCACAAGCACACUGAAUUUGGAUGGUCCUUUCAACAACAUUAUUGCAUCAAGGGGUUUGUUACCGAUGCAUAUUAGCAUUUCUCAGAGGUUUCCAUUCUUUGACAACACACUGGAUAUUGUGCACUCCAUGGAUGUCUUGGGUAAUUGGAUACCAGACACCAUGCUUGAGUUUGUAUUAUUUGAUAUAUACAGGGUGUUGAGACCAGGUGGUCUGUUCUGGCUUGAUAAUUUCUUUUGUUUUGGGUCACAACUCAACAAAACUUACGUACCAAUGCUGGAUCGAAUUGGAUUCAAUAGAUUGAGGUGGCACGUUGGAACCAAACUUGAUGGUAGGGUUCGCAAGAAUGUGUUGUACAUUUCAUCCCUAAUGGAGAAACCAAUGACUUGA